AUCAUUAACUAUUAAUUAGUAUAUAUAAAUUUUAAUAAAACGAUUAUAUAUUCAAAAAUGGGUGUAAGCGGUAAAGUAUUAGUAGUUUCUAAUCGAUUACCCGUAACAAUUAAACGUCUUGAUGAUAAGAAUUAUGAAUAUUCAAUGUCAUCUGGGGGGUUAGUAACUGCAUUACAAGGUUUAAAGAAAUCAACUGAAUUUCAAUGGUUAGGAUGGCCAGGACUUGAAAUUCCUGAUGAUGAACAAAUUAAAGUUAAUCAAGAUUUAUCAGAAAAAUUUAAUUGUACAGCAAUCUUUUUAAGUGAUGUAAUUGCUGAUUUACAUUAUAAUGGAUUUUCUAAUAGUAUUUUAUGGCCAUUAUUUCAUUAUCAUCCUGGUGAAAUGAAUUUUGAUGAAAAUGCUUGGAGAGCUUAUAUUGAAGCUAAUAGACAAUUUGCAAUUGCAAUUGCAACUCAAGUUAAUGAUAAUGAUAUGGUAUGGGUUCAUGAUUAUCAUUUAAUGUUAUUACCUCAAAUGUUAAGAGAAGAAAUUGGUAAUAGAAAUAAAAAUAUAAGAAUUGGAUUCUUUUUACAUACUCCAUUCCCAUCAUCAGAAAUUUAUAGAAUUUUACCCGUAAGAAAAGAAAUUUUAGAAGGAGUAUUAAGUUGUGAUUUAAUUGGAUUUCAUACUUAUGAUUAUGCAAGACAUUUUUUAAAUUCUGUUUCAAGAAUUAUUCAAGAUGAAGUUAAAACUUUACCAAAUGGAAUUGAAUUUAAAGGUAGAAGUAUUAGUGUAGGAGCUUUCCCAAUUGGAAUUGAUGUAGAUAAAUUUACUGAAGGUUUAAAAAAGGAUAAUGUAAUUAAUAGAAUAAAACAAUUAAAGAGAAAAUUUGAAGAUAUUAAAAUUAUAGUAGGAGUUGAUAGAUUAGAUUAUAUUAAGGGGGUACCACAAAAAUUACAUGCAUUUGAAGUAUUUCUUACAGAAAAUCCUGAAUGGAUUGGUAAAGUUGUAUUAGUUCAAGUGGCUGUACCAUCUCGAGGAGAUGUUGAAGAAUAUCAAAGUUUAAGAGCUACAGUAAAUGAAUUAGUUGGUAGAAUAAAUGGUAGAUUUGGUACUGUUGAAUUUGUUCCAAUUCAUUAUUUACAUAAAUCUGUAUCAUUUGAUGAAUUAAUUAGUUUAUAUCAUGUAUCUGAUAUAUGUCUAGUAAGUUCAACAAGAGAUGGAAUGAAUUUAGUAAGUUAUGAAUAUAUUGCUUGUCAACAAGAAAAUAAAGGAGUAUUAAUAUUAUCGGAAUUUGCUGGAGCAGCUCAAUCAUUAAAUGGUGCAAUAAUUGUUAAUCCAUGGAAUACAGAAGAAUUAAGUCUGUCAAUAAAAGAAGCAUUAGCUUUACCAGAAGAAAAGAGAGAAAUGAAUUUUAAUCGAUUAUUCAAUUAUAUUUCAAAGUAUACUUCAGGAUUUUGGGGUGAAAGUUUUGUAAAAGAAUUAUACAAAUGUACUGAUAAAUCUUGAGUAGUAUUCUAUGUUAAAUCCGUUUAUUUGCCUAUAUCAUAAAUAAGCUAUUAGUAAAAUUAAAUAAAUAAGUAAGUAAAUAAAUAAAUAAAUAAGUAAAUAAAAAUGAAGUAAAGUAAAGUAAAUAAAAAGUAAAUAUCCCCUUAAUCAAUUU